CGCUGAGCAUCCGUUGCGACGCUUGACUGACCAUGAUGAAGACCGAAUCCACAUCCAAGAGCACCGGCUCUGGCUCUACGCUCAGGAGCCCAUCACCGCACAGGAACGCGUACGAGGCGGGGAUGCAGGCCCUGAAGCCCGUUAAAGACAAUGCUGCCAAUGGAGACUUGCAGGAGGGCCCUCGAGGGCGCAGGUACGGCUCUAACGUGCACCGUAUAAAAAACAUGUUCCAGCAGAUGCAAACCACAUUGCCGGGCGACGCCGAGGGAGACGACAACGCCGGCAACGCCGACAAAUCGGUGCGCCUCUCCCUCCCCAGAGCCGGCAGCUUAAACGAGAACGUGGACCACAGCGCGCUGCUGAAGCUGGGCUCCACGGUGUCGGAGCGCGUCAGCAAGUUCGACCCUAAAGCGGAGAAUGGCCACCAGCGGGCCUCGUCGCCCAGCUACUCCAAGCUGCAGGAGACGCGCCGCAUCUUUGAGCAGCAGCAGGAGAAGCAGCAAGAGAAGCUGGCCACCACCAGAGUCUUGCUGAAGACGGACAAGGCCUCAGGCUUCCAGGAUGGCAGGCUGGACGUGGUGGCUCGCUUCAACGGCAGCACAGAGUCUCUGGACAGCCUGGACACCAGCGAGGCCGUGUCGCCCACGGUCAGCCAGCUCAGCGCCGUGUUUGAACGGGCGGCGGAGCUCCGAAACAACCUUCACCGCCUCUCCUCCACCCCGCCGCUCCCCUCCCGGGGGGUCAGCGCCAAGGUGGGCGUGCUGAACUCCAAAAUCAUCACCAAGAGGGCGAGGGCCUUUCCUGCGGGCAGCCAGGAGGAGGACAGCCGCACUGUGAGGGACCAAGAUGGGCCACCCCGGGGCCCCAGGGGGAAGGUGACCCCCUUCUCUGAAAGCCUGAAUGGGGGCCAAAAUGUGGACCAGAGUGGUCCAGCUGCUGAACUCUCCAGUACUGUAGUAGAACCAAAAGAGCAGAGGGAAAAGACUGUUUCAGAUGCAGGUGUAGAGGCCAAAGCUGAAGUGAAACCUGAAGAGUGUUAUGCCAACAAGGAGCCUAGCAGCACAGCUCUGCAAGGUGACAUCCACGUCUCUCUGGAGAAUGGGAACGCUGCUGCUGAGAGGGAGCACCAGAGCUUGCCAAAGGACAUCGGCAGUGAGAUAGGCAGGCAGGGAGGAGAGGUAGGAGAUGCUAAGGAUGUUGAGCAGGAGGAGGAGAGGACUCUAAAAGAGGACCAGUCGGGGCGUGAGUCUGUGGAUAUCAGUACCUACAGUGCAGUAGGGGAGGACUUUGGAGGAAGCCAGGUGGAUGAGGAGGAGGAGGAGGAAGAUGACCGUUAUGAGCCUGAGUCCAGCUGCAUAGAGAUCGGUGGGCUGCCUGCGGAGGAGGACCCGCCCCCCUCCAGGAAGAUCCGCUUCAGCACCGAGCCCAUCAAGGUUUUUGCCACCUAUCCCAAUGAGGACUACGACAGGCGUAAUGAAGACGUGGAUCCCAUGGCAGCAUCUGCUGAGUAUGAGCUGGAGAAAAGGGUGGAGAGGCUGGACCUGUUCCCCGUGGAGCUGGAGAAAGAUGGCGAUGGCCUGGGCAUCAGUAUUAUCGGGAUGGGUGCAGGGGCUGACAUGGGCCUGGAGAAACUGGGCAUCUUCGUGAAGACGGUCACGGAAGGAGGGGCAGCACACAGGGACGGCAGGAUUCAGGUGAACGAUCUGAUCGUGGAGGUGGAUGGGACCAGCCUGGUGGGCGUCACCCAGAGCUUUGCCGCCUCCGUACUCAGGAACACCUCGGGAACCGUCAAGUUCCUCAUUGGGCGAGAGAAGCCGGGUGAGCAGAGCGAGGUGGCCCAGCUGAUCCAGCAGACCCUGGAGCAGGAGCGCUGGCAGAGAGAGAUGAUGGAGCAGCGCUACAACCAGUACAUGGACGAACAGGAGGCUGGUGAAUAUGGCACAGACGAGGAAGAGGAUGAGGAUGAGGAGGUCAGCCCAUCCUAUCCCAGUGCCAUUGAGGUCUUUGACCUAGCGGAGAACGAGGACAUGUCGCCCCUCGAGACAGACCCCGAGAAACUGGCCCACAAGUACAAGGAGCUCCAAAUAAAGCAUGCUGUGACCCAGGCGGAGAUCCAGCAGCUGAAAAGAAAGCUGCACCACGCAGAGCAGGAGAAGCAGCGCUGGCGAAUGGAUAAGGCCCAGCUGGAACAGACCCUGCAGGAGAACAAGGAGCGCAUGGAGAAGCUGGAGGGUUACUGGAUGGAGGCUCAGAGCCUGUGUCAGGCCGUGGACGAGCACCUGAAGGAGACGCAGGCCCAGUAUCAGGCCCUGGAGCGCAAGUACAGCAAAGCCAAGCGCCUCAUCAAGGAAUACCAGCAGAAGGAGAUCGAGUACCUGAAGAAAGAGACCCAACGCUGUGCACAAGAUGGAGCCGAGGCCUCUCUUCUCAAGGCCGAGUCUGGGCAACUCCAAGAGCAGGUGGCCGACCUGGAAUGCAGGGUUGAGGAGCUGAAAUCUGAACCUUUAUAAAAGCCUUUAUCCUUUCUGUAUCUCUGAGAGCAGAACUUCACUAGAUGAAGGAGAAGAUAGUGUUAUUGUACUUGCAGUGAACCGCAGGGUAUUUCUUGUCUCAAACUUAAGCUUGGUUUCUGGUCGCAUACUGUAUAUGUAUCCUCAGGCUUUGUAUUUCUGCAUACAGCCUCUUAACCGUUUUAAUCAUGUUUUUCUGUUAACACUUAAUAACCGAGAAAGUGAAGAACAGUUUUGUUUUUUUAAUCAUCAGAUACAGACAAGAUCUUAUGUUGAGCUCUUGGUGUAUUGUUCCUUUUGAUUUUCAGAGUUCAGUGUUUAAUCCCUUAAUUUGUGUUUUUUGUGAAUUAGAGACCAGGCUAUUGCUUUUAAUUGCCAAAAACAAAUUCCUUUCUUUUUCUUUUCUUUUCUUUUUUUUGCCUAGUUUCGUGAACUUUUUUUUUCUUCCUGAGUUUGUACAGAUGUGAUGCUGUAUGUGGUUUAUCAAGCAAAGUUUGGUUUGUAUAAAUUUUUAAUGUGUAUAACAUUUAACAUAAUAUAAACUAAUGAGAUUGAGGAUCAGUGUAUAAUUUAUGUGAUGAAGAUGUGUAAAUUGGAAGGAGAUUGCACUGAAGAAGACAACGGCAACAAGGUGCUUCACUGGAAUGGAAAAAAAAAAAGUAAACACAGAAGAGGAGAGUGUGUCUUCUGAAUCGUACAAACAGUUUCCCAGACUUUGUAGGGGUCUUGUCACUUCUUUGUCAGAACCACCUGCUGCCUACCUUUCAGAGCUGUUUGUGUAUUUUUUACACAUGGACUCACUCAUGAGCAAAAACAAUCCUUCGGUUUCAGCCCCUCACUUGUAUCUAAUUUUCAACAAGGACCAGAGGAACAAGCCUCCACAACUGCUGUGCCACAAGUGAAAAUGGAUUACUUUUCCCUCAAAGUGGAUGUUGUCAAGGAUUUGUGUAACUGGUAUUAGUUAGGACUACUGAUAUAAGAAACAUUACUGGGCUCGGGUGGUUAGAAAUGUCCUUACCAGCAGCAACGCUAUAGAUUUACAAUUCUUGUGUCUCUAACCAGCAGCUGCACUUGACACCCGUGUGUAGCACAUGGAUAACACUGCCAGGUUUACACCUGUUUCAACUCACGCACAGUUUAAGUGAACUUGAGUCUACUUGUGUCAACUCUCAUACCAGUAUGUUUGUAUAGUUCUGAUAAGACUGAAAUAUUUUAAUUUUGCUUAAUGUUUAUAAUAUAGCCAAGGUGGAAAUAUGAGCUAACAGGACAAAAACUGACAAAAGCAAUGCAAAUGGUUAAAUAGACCAAGUUAUACUGUAUCUUGUAAAAACAAACAAAAAAAAGUAGAUUUGGAUGAAUACAAAAACAAAAUUACAAUUAAUGAAUUGAAAAAAAAAAUGGGCAUGAUGAGUAUUUUCAUAAUAUUAAGGCUUGUACAGUGCACAUGCUUUGCAUUGUAUGUUUUGUGGAAUAAAUGGUCAACAGUGA